GUGUGCUCUCAGUGCUGCUGCCCAUUUCCUGUGCAUCAAGAAAGCUCUGUGCUUUUAAUACCCUUCCUCGACUUGCCCUCGAUAUGGUUUGAUACGAUACCUGUCACAGGGGAAAAUGAAGUGGAUGGGGAGCUUCACCAGACGGAUGACUCUGGAUUCCUCUUGAGGAAUUCAUUCAACAUCCUUAUUCUCAGUGUUCGGAGUUGGAAGUCAGCGUUGAAAUGUGGUGGUUUCAGCAAGGCCUCUCUUUCUUGCCCAUGGCUUUGGUUGUUUGGUCAGCAGCAACAUUUGUGUUUUCAUACAUCACUGCAAUCGUCCUCCACCAUGUUGACCCUCUGGUGCCCUACAUCAGUGAUACAGGGACAAUACCUCCUGAGAGAUGCUUAUUUGGGAUCAUGUUAAAUGUUUCAUCUUUCCUGGGUAUGGCCACCAUGUAUGUCCGUUACAAACAAGUCUAUGCUUUGAAUCCAGACAAAUCCAGGAUCAUCAAGCUUAAUAAGAUUGGCCUUGUGCUGGGACUGAUGAGCUGCUUUGGACUUUGCAUCAUUGCAAAUUUCCAGAAAUGUGUUCUGUAUUACAUCCACGUGGUCGGAGCCUGCCUGACAUUUGGAGUGGGGGCCAUUUACAUGCUGGUUCAGACCAUCCUCUCCUACUUGAUGCAGCCAGAAGUUCACAGCAAAGACAUCUUUUUGAUCCGACUGGCCGUGCUGCUCUGGUGCUGCUCAAGCAUUGCAAGCAUGUUUGUUUCCUCAGUUGUCUUAUACAGUGGCCUGUAUGGAACAGAUCUUGUGCAAAAGUUGCACUGGGACCCCCAGGAAAAAGGCUACACGGCUCACAUCGUCAGUACUGCCUCCGAGUGGUCAUUAGCAUUCUCCUUCCUCAGCUUUUUCCUCACCUAUAUUCGUGAUUUUCAGAAAAUUUCCCUGCGUGCAGUUGCCAGCUUGCAUGGACAAACCCUUUAUAACACACCACAGAGCUUUGCGACUGAUGAGCAGAGGCUGCUGACAGCAGGGAGCAUUUAAUGAAGGCAAAGAGAACGAGUUCUCUGCACAACUCAGGAAUGUAAUAGCAAUAACAGUUCGUACUUCUAAGUGUUUAUUUUAUAUAUAAAAGAAAAAUGAAGUGAUUGUAUUCUACUUGACACAAAGGGCUUUGCUUUUAACCCACGCAUCAAUGCAACGUUAUCAGUAUUGAACACAAGCCUGUAACAUUUCUACACAUGCUAAUGUCAUGAAAGAAUUAAAUGAAGGUUAUUAAAAGA